AUGUCGCACCCUACCAAGUUCAUGAGACUUGCAAGUCCCAAUGAACGCCGUACAAUUAGUCGCGAAGAUGUCGGCUUUUACAACGCGCUCGUCAUCGCAGCAAUUUACGACAUUGCGAAUGAGGAUAUAGAUGUUAAUUCUGCCCAGUCAUUUAUUGCACCUUUGAGACGCUGCAUCGAGAAGUACCCACACCUAAGUGUGGUAGUCAAGGACAAGCAUACCGACAAGGCAGCAUUCGAAGCAGUUUCUAGUAUUGAUCUCCACGAUCAUGUGUCUAUAAUUCAUGAAGACGAAACCAGUAGCAAUGACGAGGCGGCAAAAAUUCAAAAAAUUCUGCCAGCUAUACUUGACCGGCCAUGGCCUGCUGAUAUUCCACCUUGGCGAAUCGUGGUCCUUCCUCUGGUGUCACCACAAGACUCCGCAGUGAAGCGAUGCUUCAUCGCCUUUGCGUUCUCUCAUACUCUUGGAGACGGCAUGGUCGGAGUUGCAUUCCAUCGGACCUUUCUAGAUGCAUGGCGCCAGCCUACUGGCAUGGAGGAGAAAGCCUCUUUCUUAAUGACACCUCCAAGUCAAAUGCUCCCGCCACCCUUUGACACACCCGAAAGGCUUCCCAUAUCCUGGAAGUUCCUCCUUGAGCCAUUUUUGGCAGUUUAUUUGCCAAAGCUUGUGGCCAAACUUCUUGGGUUCCGCGCAUCUGCCAGCACGAUAGAUGCCGGUACUUGGAUUGGGCCGCCCAUGUUCUUCGAUCCAGCGGCCACCCUCCAGAGUAGAGUAAGACUCCUCGAGAUUGAGGCUCCGCUGGUCCAAAAGGCCCUGCAAGCGUCAAGAAGCCAUGGCACCAAGCUCACGGGAACGGUGCACCAGAUGGUUGUUCGAGCGCUGAGCAGGGCCAUUCCUAGCCCUAACGUAACGAAUUUUGUCUCAGGUACGCCUGUUGAUAUGCGAGCGUCUAUUGGGACACCUGGUCUCACAUGGGGUCUUUUCGUGUCUGGCCUUUACGAGGUACACCCACGGGUACUAAAUGUGACGGAGCCUGGGUUGUCCGAGGAGAUGUGGGAAGCUGCAAGGUCUAUGACCCAAAAGCUCGCUGAAUGUGGUGCGAGGCUGCAGGAUCAAGCAAUAGGCCUGCUGAGAUAUGUCCCCAGCAUCAGGAAUUGGACGUUGAGUAAACUUGGACACGAGCGGGACUCCUCGUACGAACUGAGCAAUUUGCUUGCCUUCGAUAACAUGGACGACGGCGCAGAUCAAAAGUGCAAGGUGGCCAAGAUGGUGUUUACGCAGCCUGGAAACGCUACCAGUGCGCCACUUGCUUUCAAUAUUAUCAGUGUCAAAGGAGGUAGCUUGAUGUGCACGGUGAGCUGGCAAGCUGGGGCCUUAGAUGUGCCGAUAGCGGAGGAAAUGUCAUUGGUUGAUCACAUAUGCUCGUCAAUUCAAGAGGACUUUGAAGCCUUGAGGGAUUGA